ACUCGGGACCGGUAGGAUUUACGACACCACGCUGGCCGUACGGCCGUUAGUGUAGUCGCUGCGACAGUGCAGGUAACAUGUGAGAAGUUUUGUGUUUAUGCUUUAUCAGACUUUAUUAGAGAAUCACUUUAAACUGUUGGAGGCGUCAUGCACGAAAGGUCGCUCCCCGCGUCCCCCAACUGGUACUUCUCCCGCUGCAGCGACCUGAACAGCAGCGGUUUGCUGGGCGUCGGAGCCAAAAACAUAAUCUAUUUGAUUGACGUGUCUGCAUCCUUCUGCAGGGUCAUAGGUGAGCUUGUGGGCCAUAAAGACUUGGUGUCGGGCUUUUCAUUCUGUCAACAUGCAGGACAGAGUCACAUCUGUGUCAGCUCCUCCAAUGAUGGAAGUGUUCGCUUCUGGGACUCAGACAACAAGGUGCUUAUAAGGGAACAUGCAGCUCAUCAGAGCCCCAUCUCAGCGGUGCAUUGGUCUCCGGUGGAUAAAAACCUGGUGGUGUCGGGGGAUGAGAAAGGCAUUGUGGUCUGUCACUGGUACAACACAGGAGACACCGCCAGCUUCUUCCCUGAGCCCAGGACCAUCUUCUGCCUCACCUGCUCCCCUCACUCCUGGAGCUCUGUGGCUGUGGGAUACAAAGACGGGAUGAUCGUGCUGAUUGAUGUGAGUAAGAAAGGCGAGGUGAUGCACCGUCUCCGUGGACACGACGAUGAGAUCCACUCGCUGGCGUGGUCGCCGGUGGCCAGCGAGGAGGCCCUCUACAGCAGACCUGAGGACACUGAAGCAACCAGUGGAGUGUCUGCAGGAGACGAGAAGGGCUGCUAUCUUGCGUCUGGAAGCAAAGACCAGACCGUGAGGAUCUGGAGCACAGCGAAGGGAAAAGGUGUGAUGACUCUGAAGCUGCCGUUUGUGAAGAAAAGAGGCUCUGCAGUCGACCCCGGGGUCAAAGAGAGACUCUGGCUCCACGUCCAUUGGCCGAAGGGACGACCAACAGAACUUGUGUCCAGCUGCUUCUGUGGUGAGUUGGUGAUGUGGGACUUGACCAGGACAGGGAAGCACAGGUGGACUCUGUUUGGGACCUCUUCAGAGGGUCAGAACCACAGCAGGAUCAUCUUCAACUUGAGUUCAGUCCACUUGCAGGAUAACAGAGAGCUGCUAAUCAGCACCUCCAUGGACAGAGAGAUUAAAUGCUGGGACCUGGCCUCUCUGGACUGCUGCUGGACUCUGCCCACCCUGGGUGGUUUCGUCUACGCCCUGACGUUCUCCCCUGUGGGUGCAGGGUGUCUGGCGGUGGGUGUCGGUGACAACAUGAUCCGGGUGUGGAACACACUGACCACCCAGAACCAGUACGACACCAGGUCCUUCUGGCAGGGCAUAAAGUCCAAGGUCACAGCGCUGGCGUGGCACCCAAAAAAAGAAGGCUCCUUGUCUUUUGGAACAGACGAUGGUAAAGUUGGUAUCUACGAUGUCUUCUCAAACAAACCUCCUCAAAUAUCGAUGUUGCCCCUCAGUACCUCCAUGGACCAUCGGCCCAAAGAGGAUCUGCUGCAAGACUGCAUCACACUGGCCUCUGUCAAACACAGCAACGCUCCCCCUGCAGGCUGUGUCCCAGGCCAGGGAGAGCAUCUCCAUCUGGGCCUCUUCUCUGACAGACCGGCUCUCCACCGCAUGUUUGAGGCUGAAGAGGAGGGUCACGUGGAGGCGGGUCACUACGACUCUGUUGUGUACCUGCGGCUGUGGAGCGGAGACCUGGAGGGGGCGCUGCAGCUCGCCACAGAGAAGGGAGAGCUGAAUGACCACCUGCUCUCCAUCGCUCCUAUGGCCGGGUUCGCGGUGUGGAGCAGAACAGUGGAGGCCUUUGUCAAGCAGUUGUGUCUGCAGGAGCAGUACCUGAAGGCAGCCUCCCAUCUGCUGUCAAUCAACAAGCUGUACGAAGCCAUUGACCUGCUGCGCUCUCACAAGCUCUACAGGGAGGCCAUAGCGCUGGUCAAAGCCAGGCUGCCAGCAGAUGAACCUGUCCUGAAGGAGCUCUACACUUGCUGGGCCGCCGUGCUGGAGAAGGACGGACAUUUCUCUGCAGCCGCUAAAUGUUACCUGGCUGCUGGUGCCAGUUUUGAUGCUGCUAAAGUUAUCGCCAGGAAGAAUGACAUCUCCUCACUGAGGACAGCCGCCAGUCUAGCGAGAAUCUCAGGAGAGGUCGCUCUGGCUCAGUCGCUGGCGCUGCGGUGUGCUAAAGACCUGGCUGCUGCUCAGGACUGGGUCGGAGCCCAGGAGGUCCUGAGUUCACAGGAGAGCCUGCUGGUCCACAGGCUGCACAUCUGCGUUGCUGAGCUGCUGUCUAUGAUGCUGACAGACACUCAAGUUGUAUCUCAGUCCUGCGUCUCCAGCCACCCGUGGGCGUCGCCAGCUGAGCGCAUCAUCAGCAUCCAGGACCAAGUGAGAGACGUGUGGGAGCAGCAGUUUGGUGUUUCCCAAACGUCCGCCGGACACCGCAGCGUCGGAGCUCUUCUGCUGGAGCUGAAGUCUGUGGAGAGUCCAACACCCACCGCUAAUGUUCCUCUCAGACAGGUUCAGCUGUAUUCAUCCCUCCAUCUGACCCGUGCUGUGUUGAGCUGGUUAUUGGACGAUGAUGGACAGCUGAUGAAGGAGUUGUGGCAGGCGGUGGCCUGGCUCAGAGACGCCGGACACUUGAGCGUCUCUGCAGAGCUCUGCAGGCUUCUGUUCCCUGACGGCGAUGUUAGUGUUUGUUCCAGGAAACAUCCCAGAACACUUAAUCACUCAGAAGAAGAAGCCAAAGCUGCUGCCAACAGUCUGCAGGCUUUUGUUUAUUACCAGCGUCUGUACGAUCACUGGUGGAGCAACUCCAUCCAGAUCCAGAACAGGUUGCCCCUCUCAGCAGCUGACUCCAGUACUGGAGACGAGGUGAAGGACAAAGCGGUGAACGGAAAGUCAGAAGAGAGCGUCUGCCCGGCAACCAGGAGGCUCGAUAAACUGGACUUUGAUGCAUCUCUGCUUCUGCGUGAGGAUCACGCUGCCUGUCAAGCCGCUCAGAGGUCAGUGAAAGAGAUCCAGGAGCGGCUGGCAGCCAUGGUGCUGCAGCAUAGCAGAGUCGAGGGAGGGCAGCUCGACUCUGGGGAGAAAGAGGUCGAUGUGCCCGCGCAGACCUCCGCCACCAGAGAGGCAUCAGACAGCCAGAGGUCCGCUGAUCCUGGGCAACGGUCUGAGGACCCGGAGACUCUGCUCUCUUUGUCUUCCAAGAUGUCAGAACACCAGAAACAGCUGGCUGACCUGCCUGACACAAUCAAGGCCUAUCCUCACCCAGACGUUGUUGAAUGCUGCCUGGUUCUCCUGCAUGUCACUAAGUCUUCACCGUGUGUCUCCGAGUCCCUCCAGCAAGACGCAAAAGAUCUGCUCCGCAAAUACGGAGCAAGUCCCUCUGUCCUCAAAGCCUCCCAGAGAUUCCUCACCUGAAUCAUUCAUUAGUAGACUGAAAGAAGCACUUCCACUGUACAGCUAUUUGUUGAAUAAAAAAAAAUCUUUAAUUACAAAAUGA